AUGGUUUGCUGGUCUGCCGAUAAUGCCACCAAUGCGUACCUCCAAACAAUGAAAAUGGGAAAAAGUGCAAACGAGCCAAACGGUGCUGCAUUCAUCUCCGCUCUGGCAGCCGGCAACAAUGCUCGGUUCACGGGAAAGAGCACAAAAGAGCCAAGCGGCGCCGCAUUCAUCUCCGCUCUGGCGGCCGGCAACAAUGCCCGGUUCACGGUGGUCGCCUGUGGCGGCCCGGCGGACUCCACCACCCUAGCGCUGGCGGCAGCCGCCCACCAAACCGGCGGGCGUAUUGUCUGCAUACUCCCUGACCAUCAAAAUUUCCGAGCCUCCCAGUUAGCUCUUGGCCCAAAUGCUGCAAACAUCGAGUUCAUACAAGGAGAUGCCAAGGAGCUCUUAUCAAGCUGGUACAAAGACUCGGACUUUGUGGCUGUCGACUGCAAUCUCGAGAACCAUGAGGCCAUCAUAAGCGCUCUUCAGGAAAAAAUCGAGCGCCAUCAUCACAAAAACUUCAUUGUGUUGGGAUACAAUGCAUUUUGCAAGGAGACGUGGAGGAAUAGCGACUUGAAGACGCAGCUUCUGCCGAUAGGGGAAGGCCUGCUGCUGACGAGAAGCACGAGUAAUUGGGUGGUGAGGGUGGAUAAAUGCACGGGGGAGGAGCAUGUUUUCCGGGUGAGAUCGUCUGUGGGGAAGCUCAUUGGAGCUUGAUGGUGUGUUGAACUCUAAUGACUUUAGCUCCAAGAACGAUAUGUAUUGUACCAAGUUAUCAAAUGUAACUGUAAAUAGUUAUUAU